CGGUAAGUCUGCUCUUACACAUCUACAAUCAGCAGCACAGAAGAAGACGACGAAGCGCUUUUGUUUACUUUUGUUGUCAUCUAAGAACUUCGUUUUUUUUUUAUUAUUAUUUCAAGAAUCAUUUAUUACACUUUAAUCGCGACAGGAGCUGUUGUAAGGCUGAGAGAGCGGGUUGUGUUCAUCUGUUACUGAGAGCAGCCGAUAAUAGUUGAUAAGCAGAUAAUAAUUGAUGGCCGAGGGAAGCAGCAAUCUGAGCAGUGCUCCUCCAGGAGACCCGCAGCUCAUCGAGCUCAUAGUGCAGCACCUGAAGAACAGAGGCCUGUUUGAUGAGUUCAGACGAGACUGUCUGGCAGACGUGGACACGAAGCCUGCUUAUCAAAAUCUACGACAGAAGGUGGACAACUUUGUGUCCAAUCAUCUCAGUACUCAAGAAUGGAAUCCGUCCAUCAACAAGAACCAAGUGAGGAAUGUCUUGAGACAAAGCGUGGUUCAGUCAGGGAUGUUGGAAUCAGGAGUGGACCGUAUCAUUACUCAGGUGGUGGAUCCUAAACUGAACCAUAUCUUCAGGCCACACAUCGAGGACGCCAUUCAUGAUUUCCUAGCCACAGAGAAGAAAGAAGAGGGCGUACCGAAUUCAGCCCCUGAUGCUGAACAACAGGAAACAUCAAGCAACACCGCAGCCAAAACACAAUUUUACACAGCGUUAUCAUCAUCACGAGACAUGCGUGUGCUACUGACUAUAGUAGUGUUUAUAUUGUUUUUGGCGGUGAAGCAAACACACGCGACUGAUUCCAGCAGCGCUCAUGACACCUCACAAGAGAGAUCCCUGAACAUCCAGAAGAGGAGACUCUCUCCGCAGAACACAGCCGAGAUUCAGCAGUGUCUGGUGAACGCAGGUGAUGUGGGCUGCGGGAUGUUUGAGUGCUUUAACAACAACUCCUGCGAGAUCCGCGGACUACAUGACAUCUGCAUGACGUUCCUCCACAACGCUGGCAAAUUUGACUCCCAGGGAAAAUCUUUCAUCAAAGAUGCGCUGAAAUGCAUGGCCCACGGACUUCGCCACAAGCUCAGUUGCGUCAGCCGCAAGUGUCUGGCCGUGAAAGAGAUGGUGUUCCAGCUGCAGCGCGAAUGUUACGUCAAACACAACCUCUGCUCUGCUGUGAGGGAGAACAUAAACGUCAUGGUGGAGAUGAUCCACUUCAAGGACCUAUUUCCUAAAGGGCCCCAUGUGGAGUUAGUAAACAUCCUGUUGGCAUGUGGCGAGGAGGUGCGCGUUGCCAUCGCCCGCCGAAUACGAACUCAGUGUGAGCAGAACUGGGGAGCUCUGUGCAGGAGUCUGAGUCUCUGUGCCCUCGGAAAGGUGGAGAACCAGGCCAUUUCCACCCUCACCCCUGUACCAGACAUCACCACCCCCUCAGGAGCCAGCGGCAACUCCCUUCCUCCCGCGAGCCCGCUUCUCCCUGAGGCUGAUGGGGAAACGGUCUGGACACUCACAGCAAGAGAUGAAGAUGAAAAUCAGUCCUCAGGUCCUCACCAAAAUGCCUCUGAUGCCGAAAAAGAGCUGAAGAGGUCUCUGAAUGCCACCAAAAGGAGGUGAAGGGUAAAAGAUUCUCAGUGCCUUCAGCCCACACAUCCAAAAAGGCUCGUUCAGCACUCUCCUUCCCUGCCUCGCUCAAGGACAAAUCAGCUGCAGUCUCCAGUGCUUCUAUGAGAGCACGAGCGAUGACAGGGUAUUUCAAUGUGAUGUUACAUUUAGAGCUGCCAUCGUCACUGUGUUUGAUUUGUAGGUCAUUCUGUGAGAACGUGGACUGGUACAAUAUUCGAUAGUCUCAAAAAUUGCACAAUAUUUCAGUGGCGUUUCAUGCAUUUGUAGAUUGUGGACUAAGUGCAUUCCUCAGACUGCAGACUCUUCAGAACGCUUAGAGGGAGUCUGUCAGGCUGCAAUUCUGUGAACAGCAUUAUUACAAAAACUGGGCCUUGUGUUUUGUGAUGACAUCAUUCCAUCUGCUCAGUAUUUGUCUGCUUUGAAGCGAGGCCAUUUAGGUGAACAUUACGAAAACACGUCUGGGUCACAUCUCACCCCAAA